AUUACUGUUCACACUACUUAUUAUUUCAUCUGAUUUAUUGUAAUGAUGACAGAAAAAAGUACAAAGUGGGCAUACGUGCAAUUGACCACUAAAGAAAAAUAUAUAGUGCCCGUGACAAAUAUAUUAAAAUUUAAUGUCGCGAACUAUAAUAGUAAACAACAAUACUACAUAAUCAUCGACGGAGCUACCCACAAAGGAAUAAUUUUAUUUCUCAAAGAUAGUGAAGAGGAAGUGAAACAAAUGAUCGAUGGAAAAAGAGUGCCAGUUCCACCGUCCACCAUCAUCAGAAGUGCUUCAGAACUAAGUGACAUGGAACCGGGAACUUCUUCCAUAUCAAAUAAAAAGAAAGUUACUACCACUUUAGAAGUUAAAAAUAGAAGCGACAAUAAUAACUUAGAGAAGAAAAAAAACCUUCUAAAGGUUGCAUCAAUGAAACGUAAAAAUUCAGAAGAACUACCGUCAAAUAUUGAAGCUAAGAAAGCAACUAUAGUUUUAAAACGACAUAUAGUUGAUCAAUUAAAAAAUGACAAAGUAGAGAAAAGUGUCCAACGAAAAAAUUAUAUUGCUAAAACAAAUUCCAACGAUGGUAUAUCAGCGACAGAAUAUAAUCGGAUGAAGAGUGAAAUGAAAAAACUAAAAAAUGAGGUUGAAACUUUAAAACAACUACUACAAACAGAAAAACGUAAAUAUGAGUCACUCCAACAUACAAUAAAUAAAAUUAUCGCAGAACAAAAUAUUCAGGAUAAAAUAGCCAGUGACAUCACAUCGAUUUUGAAUUUAUUUCGCGAAUAUUCCCAUAAUAUUAAUGGUCCAUCCACUUCAACUUAAAAUUUGCCACCGAUUGGCUUUCCAAAUGUCACAGACGGAACGACCCACAUCGGACACGACAUAUGGAUUAGUACUGAAGCAUUUGAUAUGGUGAUGGCAAAUUCCUCACCCGGUGUGGUUGUUCGUGAUUUGUGUAGAGCUUUAUUCUCCGCUGAAGAACUCGUCAGUAGCACAGUAUCUGGUAGACCUUCGAAUAAAAACAAAAAAAAAAAGAAUUAGAAAAUGUUGAUAUGCAAGUCCAAGGACUUUCAGGCACAAAAAUUAAUGCAAUAAGAGAUGUGUUGGAGCAUUAUUUAUCAAUCAGACAUAAAAAAAUGUCUCAAAUAAAAAAAGACCAGACCAUAGCCCGCUUAAGAUCGGUGAUAGCAUUGUUACUUGCGGAUCUUAAAAAAAAGGGAAAGAAAAUAAAAAGACAACAACUGUAGAAGAUAAAAAAUCAAAAAAUGCAGAAAAAGAAGAGGAAACAGGAGAUAAUUCUAAUAUUAAUGAAGAAAACAGAGAAGAAGUAGAUACAGAAAAAGAAGCAGAAGAUAGCGCUGAUUUUGAUGGAGAAGAAAAAGUAGAAGAAAAUAAAGAGAGAGAAAAAGAAGAUGAUGGUGAUGUGAUUAAAAAAAGGGAAACCGGAGAGGAGAUGGAACCAAAAAAUGACACUGAUGUCAAAAGUGAAAAUUCCAACGAGGAAGAAACAAGUGGUUUCAGCGAUAUGGAAAAUAAUGAUAAAUGUUAAGUAAUAUAAGUUAAUACACAAAAACAUUCUUAUGUUUAAA